GAAAGAACCGACAACAGCAUGGCAGAAGGACUGAAACCGCCUCAAGCAUUCACAACCACACUGGAAGCAGCCAAAGAAUGGCCACAGUGGCGGGACCAUUUUACAUUCUACAUGACAGCAACAAAGAAGGACAAAGAAGACGAGAAAACGAAAGUCGCAAUACUACUCACGGCGAUGGGAGGGGAAGCCAUCUCCGUCUACCGAACAUUCACUUGGGCCGCAGACGGCGACGAGGACAAACUGGACUGCGUCAUUAGAGCGUUCAACAACUACUUCAAGCCUAAAAGUAAUGAAAUCUACGAAAGAUUCCUGUUCCUGCAGAGGAAACAACAACCGAAUGAGCCCUUCGACAGCUUCUACACAGAUUUGCUGCGCCUGGUGGAAACCUGCGGAUAUCACCAAGAGGAGAAAACGAAGAUCAUCCGGGACCAGAUUGUAAUCAAUAUCACCGCAGACAACGUCCGCGAGAAACUGUUGGCAGAAUCUGACCUAACCCUAACCAAAGCUGUAGACAUGUGCAGGUCAAUGGAAGCGACAACCCGUUACAUUGCCAGUAUGACAUCAACCGCCACAGCCUUGAAAGAAUGCGUCACCGACGCGGCGGCGGUACACAUGGUGAAAGCCAUGAAGCAGCGCCCUUGCCACUACUGCGCGACAAACCACAAACCAAAAAACUGCCCAGCAUGGGGAAAACAAUGCAAAUAUUGCGGCAUUAUGAAUCACACGGCGGAAGCAUGCAAAAAGGCAGAAAAGGACAGACUAGCCCGACGACAAACAACAAAGGAGACGGCCAAUGCGAUAUCGCCACAACGAGCCACACCAGACACACCAGAGAACGAGGAGAGACCAUUUCGCUUACUGCACCGGUACCACGACACAAACCAGUAA